UUUUCACCAAUCGAACUUAAUAUUUUUUGUGGCUUACAUUGCACUGGGAACAGCAACAUCCACAAACGGCAUGGGGUUUAGCCUUUGUCCUAUCGGCCCCCCCCUCUCUUUUCCGCCCCGCUCACAUGCACAGUGAUAAGCCGCAAGGCAAGAAGAAAAUCAACAAUAACAACAACAACAACAUUGGAAAGCCUUAGAAUUUGAUAUACUUUUUAGUGAGAACUACAUACUAAAUACUUAGUAGGCCUAAGACGAACCGAGCGGAAGGGGCAAAUUAAAUGAGCGUAAAAUGUUGGAGCGGGCAGACUGAAAAGAGCGAGCGAUAAAAGUGAAACCAAAGCGGGUUAAGGGUAUACCCCAAAAGCCGAAAGAUCAAAAAAAGUGCUAUCAAAAUAUACAAUAUACACAAACCGAAUAUAACGUGCGAAUCCCGAAACCAUGUCCAGUUGGAGUUUGGCCAGCGCGGUGUCGCCGAACGUGACCGGUGGCAGUGAUGUCAUCCGACUGAGCAACCUCAAGGCGAGUUCGGAGUCAAACAUACCAACCCGUGGAUCUGUGUCUGGAUUACCCCGUCCCACAACGCCCGUGCCCGCCAAGAAGUUGUCCUCCAAGCGACCUCCACACCUAACCUUGCACAUCGGUGGCACAAAGUCGCAGUCCAAGUCGCACGAUGCUCCGCUGGCCGAGACGGAAAAUACGGUUCUCUCCGCCGGCUCCUCCUCCAUCUACGGCACACCCAUGGGCGGCGCCACACCAUUCUCCUCACCGGCGGGACACAGCCAAAAGAGUCAAACCAGCCACCAGAGCCAGGAGACCCAGCACAGUGCCAGCACUACAACUACCAACACCACUGGCACCAGCGGAGGAUCCAUCUUCCCCCAUGAACAGUACAAAACCAUCAAGAAGAUCAACAUUGGGUUCGAGAGCAUACGAUAUACCACCAAAUUUGGAGUCUUCAAAAGGGAAACCAAAGAUGUCCUGAUGGGUGUGACGGGAUACUUCAAGUCAGGAGAGCUGAGUGCCAUCGUGGGACCUUCGGGAGCUGGAAAGAGUACCCUCCUCAAUAUCCUCUCAGGAUACACAACCUUUGGCUAUACGGGUGACUUUAGCGUGAAUGGCAAUCGACGAGACCUGAAAGCCUUCAAGCCGAACGUGGCCUUCAUCCGCCAGGAUACGAGUCUUCAGGCCUUUCUCUCCGUCAAGGAGGCAAUGCACUUUGCGGCCAAUCUGAAGAUCGGCACACACAUGACUCACAGCGAAAAACGGGAGCGGGUUAAGAGUAUCCUGGAGGCCAUCGGGAUGUAUGAGAACCGCUACACGAUGACUGGCAAGCUAAGCGGAGGUCAGAAGAAACGUCUGGCCAUUGCCCUGGAGCUGGUUAACAAUCCGCCGGUAUUGAUUCUGGAUGAACCAACUACAGGCUUGGAUAGUUCGACCUCCAAUCAACUGAUAAAUCUGCUCAAGAAACUUGCCCUGGAGGGCCGCACUGUCAUCUGCACAAUCCACCAGCCAAGCGCCCUAACAUUUGCCAUGUUCGAUCACCUGUAUGCCAUUGCCGAGGGUCAGUGCAUCUACUCAGGUGGAUCGCAGAACUUACUGCCAUUCUUGGGCGCCCUCAAUCUGCACUGCCCGGAAUCCUACAAUCCGGCGGAUUACUUAAUGGAAAUUGCAACGCAUGACUACGACACGGAGGAUGACAACCAAGUGGAGAAGAUGGUGGCUUUGAUGGACAGCGGGCGUAAUGAGGAUUACAGGCAGAACAAGAGUGCCAGAGUGGCUCAAUUGGCAGCCAUGAAGAAAGUUGAUCAACUUAUGGCCGCUGGAAUAAUUACACCGGUAACAGCCCCCGUAAUGGCCACCUCAGGGCCACACUUUCCGCAGGGCAGUUCCUUUAAGCCACUCACACCAAUCAAUGAGCUAUCUUCGCGGGUGUGGGACAGCCAGACGGCGGGCAUUGGAAGCGGAGAUGUAGGAGCUAAAGUCACCGGAAGCUGCUGCAAGCCAAAGAAAAAAAAGAAACCCAAACCGGCGUUGGAACUGGAUCCUUCACAUCUAUGUAAUCGGGAGAAUAUCUACGCCACUCCAUUCUAUCGCCAGCUGAGCAUCCUGCUGCUGAGGACCUUUCUGUUGAUUUGGCGGGAUAGUUCGCUCACCACGAUGCGGUUUGCCAUCCAUAUAAUCACGGGACUGCUAAUCGGAACCCUGUACUUUGGGAUUGGCAACGAUGGAGCCCAGACGCUGAACAUCUUUCGGUACAUCUUCUACACCAUCAUGUUCGUGAUGUACUGUGCAUUCUCUGGGAUUCUAGUAAAGUUUCCCUUGGAGUUCCCCAUUGUGUCGAGGGAACACUUUAAUCGCUGGUACUCCCUGCGGGCGUAUUACGUGGCCAUCACCUUAGCCGACCUGCCCAUCCAGAUCAUCUGCAGUGCCUUGUUUAUAGUGCCCACUUACCUAAUGACCCAGCAACCCAUGGAGCUCUGGCGAUUCGGGCUCUUCUUCCUGAUUGUGUUCAUUACGGCUCUGGUUUCGCAGAGCAUUGGACUGGCAGUGGGAGCGGCGCUGAGCCUCAAGCUAGGCAGCAUCUUGGGACCCUUCUUCAUCUGCCCGUUCCUGCAGUUCAGCGGGUUCUUUCUGAUGGAGAAGGAUGCCCCGGUCUACAUGCGCUGGAUGUUCGACAUUUCGUUCCUAAAGUACAGCCUGGAGGGAUGCAUGAUGGCCAUCUUUGGGUAUGAUCGUGAGCGCCUGGACUGCCAGGAGAUGUACUGUCACCUGGUGGUGCCCAAGUAUAUACUUAAGAACCUGGACAUGGCCGACGGAAACUACAACUUGGCCCUCAUUUUUCUCUUUGGAAUUUUCAUCUUCCUCCGAAUUCUGGCCUUCUACAUCAUGUCUUUCCGGCUCAGACUGUUUAGAUGAGGCACACAGGGUCUAGGAAAACAAAAAACGAGGAAGCCUGCCACAUUCCGUCGCCUGGGAAAUAUUUGUUUUUAUAUUUAUGGUUUCUUUUUUAAGCAUUUAUACAAGAGGAACUUUUGUGCCAAAGAUUGAAGAAGCCUAUAGAGCGUAAGGAAAUCGUGAUAUAUAAUUGAAACAAAGGAUAAUAGAACACACCCACAUUAAAACAUACACACACCUAGCGGUUACCGAGAUCAAGAACUGUAAAUAGACCACUUUAUUAGCAUAGCGCAUAAAGAAAUGUAUUUUUCUAUUGUAUUAAUGACCGAUUUUUGACUAGUUGUAACAAAAGCCUGAUUUAAGGGCUUCGGCUGCGAGUAUGACUUUGAAAAUAUCAUUAAAA